UUGUUUUACUCGCGUGAUGAUUGCUUGCAAGCAUUGAACAAACGCCGUGUUCAAAGUUUGUGAAUUAUGAGCUAGUUAUCACUACAAGACCUUAACAUCACUCAAUACAAUAGUUCUUCCGAUCAAUUAAUUUACAAACAAUAACGGCCAUGAGACGAAAUGUUAAAGUGUUGCUAAUUUUUUCUAUGUUAUGGAUGUUUGUGAUAGUGUAUUAUCUCCAGUCUUCCAGAGAUGAUAAGCCAGGUGAGAACCGAGCUCUGCGGCUGAAGGAGGAGGCGACCGUGAUGACGUCACCGCCGACACCGGAGGCAGUGGCUGUGGGGGCGGCAGCCUUGGAGGCGGAGGACUCGCGACUGGCCUGGAACUACUUCGACGAGAAGGGCUAUGUGGCCGGGGGCGGGCUGCGCCACGGCGAGGAUCCCUACCUCAGGAACCGGUUCAACCAGGAGGCGUCCGACAAACUGCCCAGUAACCGUGACAUUCCCGAUACCAGGAAUGCCAUGUGCCGUACCAAGGACUGGAGGGAUGACCUUCCAUCGACCAGUGUAAUUAUUACGUUUCAUAAUGAGGCCAGAUCGACGUUAUUAAGAACAGUUGUCAGUGUACUGAAUCGAAGUCCAGAGCAUUUGAUAAAGGAAAUUAUACUAGUUGACGAUUUUAGUGACAGUGCUUCUGAUGGUGAAGAAUUAGCUAAAAUACAAAAAGUUAGAGUUAUACGAAAUGAUAAGCGAGAAGGUCUGAUGAGGUCCAGAGUGAAAGGCGCAGACGCGGCCACUGCAUCAGUGCUCACCUUUCUCGACAGUCAUGUUGAGUGCAACAAAAACUGGCUGGAGCCGUUGCUAGAAAGAAUAGCUGAGGAUCCGACAAGAGUCGUAUGCCCGAUUAUUGACGUCAUAAGUAUGGACACAUUCCAUUACAUAGGCGCAUCAGCUGAUCUCAGAGGUGGUUUCGAUUGGAACCUGGUGUUCAAAUGGGAGUACCUGUCCCCUGAGGAGCGCAGUUACCGCCAGUCUGAUCCCACCGCUCCCAUCAGAACGCCAAUGAUAGCUGGUGGCCUGUUUGUGAUCAACAAAGCCUACUUCGACAAACUUGGCAAGUACGAUAUGAUGAUGGACGUAUGGGGUGGCGAAAAUUUAGGUAAUAUUCAUGGUUUUUGUCUUUUUUCUAGUAUCCAAGACAGACUGGAGCUGAAAGAGAAGCUUCACUGUAAGCCGUUCAAAUGGUACCUGGAGAAUGUGUACCCGGAACUGAAGGUACCCAACGAUGUGACCAUGUCCCUGAUCCAGCAAGGACCUUGGUGUCUUGACACGAUGGGUCACCUGUCAUCAGGGACUGUGGGCAUCUAUCCGUGCCACAACUCGGGUGGUAACCAGGAGUGGACAAUCACCGAAUCUGGCUACGUCAAACAUCACGAAUUAUGUCUAACACUAACUGAUCAAAUGCCGGGCGCAGUCGUUGUUAUGAAGCCUUGUCAGAAUGUCAUUGAGCAGAAAUGGGCGCAAGUUUCCAAAGGAGGACUCAUAAAGCAUGCGCGACUGACAUUGUGUUUGGACUCUCGACUGGCGCAGAGGUCCGGUCUCACCGCCGAAAAAUGUGACUCGAAAUCGCCCUCGCAAAACUGGGACUACGUCAUCAACAUGGUAUGAUAGACUGGUGUAAUGUCAACGCUGAAUGACGUCGUCAAAAUGGUGUGAUCACAACGCUAAAUGACGUCGUCAAAAUGGUGUGAUGACAACGCUAAAUGACGUCGUCAAAAUGGUGUGAUCACAACGCUAAAUGAUGUCGUCAAAAUGGUGUGAUGACAACGCUACAUGGAGUAUACUCACGGGAUUCAAUGUGACGCUCAAGAUGGGUGACGGGUAGCGUGGACUCACCUGUGGUGGACUUUGUUAGGAACUUAUCAAGCACGGCCUGUCCUACGAACCAAAAUUCAAAUGUGGACUUGACUUCGUAGAACUGCUUUCUGUACUCAACUCACACUUACGCGACUCAGGUCGAGAAGAGACUCGACUCUAGUCGAGACAUGUGUUU